GACAGGAGUUACUCAGCUCAACAACUGUCACUCUGCUGUUGUUCUUAUAUACCUUAGUUAAAUGCUGUGUUUGAACCCCACUGAGGGGCUAAACCCCAGUAAGCCUUGCCAUAUGUUUCAGCUUGUUUGCACUGAACAUCUUGCAUGUCUGCGUAGAACGUGGGCCACUUUUGUACAUAUUCCAGGCCUGCCUUCCCAAAGUCCAUUAGAGGGAGCCUCUGAGCUUUUUUCACCAGGGAAAGCUCCUGCUUGUCCCUGUGAUGUGGCUGUCUUUUUCCUUUUGUGUGUGUUUUUUCUGUCUGGGUGGCGGAAACCUCCUCCUUGCCCAUCCGAUUGCACUGAGUCUGUCUCAACUGUGGCUUCCUAAUGAUGGAAGAAUCUAUGACUUCUACCAGCAUGUUUAGAUGCUGCUAGAAGAGGCCUAACAUUCGCAGCAUGCAAGAACAUUUUCAUUACGUAGAACGGUACAUAGGCCCUAUAGGUUCUGUGGGGAAGACACAAAAAUAAUUACAGUAGCUAUUUCAAAGACCAAAAGCCAGUCCUGAAAAAUAUGAGCCCUGAGAACACUCGUACAGUCCUCGAUAUUUUGUGCUUGUGCUGCCAUCGGAAAAACUGGCUUCACUCUGAGGAGAAAUGCUUCUGCUGCAGUUAAGUGCAUCCCAAAAAAUGAAAUGAAUUGGCAUUCUGAAGGAUACCCAUCAUGAACAGAUAUACAACUAUCAAACAGCUGGGAGAUGGGACAUAUGGUUCUGUCCUCCUGGGAAGAAGUAAUGAAUCAGGGGAGCUGAUUGCCAUUAAGAGGAUGAAGAGAAAAUUUUAUUCCUGGGAAGAAUGCAUGAAUCUUCGAGAAGUUAAGUCCUUGAAGAAACUCAACCAUGCCAAUGUGGUGAAACUAAAAGAAGUUAUCAGAGAAAAUGAUAAUCUGUACUUUGUAUUUGAAUACAUGAAGGAAAACCUUUAUCAGUUAAUGAGAGAAAGGAAUAAACUGUUUCCAGAAUCUACUGUCAGGAAUAUUAUGUAUCAGAUUCUUCAAGGACUUGCGUUCAUACAUAAGCAUGGUUUUUUUCAUCGAGACCUGAAACCUGAAAACCUCCUUUGCAUGGGACCAGAGCUUGUGAAAAUAGCAGACUUUGGCCUUGCACGGGAAAUUAGAUCCAGGCCUCCCUAUACAGACUAUGUGUCCACAAGAUGCCUUUCUCUGCUUGCUGGCAGGAACUGUCAAAAUUGUCUAUAUAGGCAAAGCAAUUUAUCCAGGCCAGCCCAAGAAGUGUUGCUUGAGGCCAAUAACAAGUACAGAGCUCCUGAAGUACUCUUGAGAUCCACUAACUAUAGUUCCCCCAUUGAUAUCUGGGCUGUUGGUUGCAUCAUGGCAGAGGUUUACACACUCAGGCCGCUAUUCCCAGGCGCCAGUGAAAUUGAUACAAUUUUCAAGAUUUGCCAAGUACUGGGAACGCCAAAAAAGAACGACUGGCCUGAAGGCUACCAGCUUGCAGGCACUAUGAAUUUCCGCUGGCCUCAGUGUGUACCAAACAACCUGAAGACCCUCAUCCCUAAUGCAAGCAGUGAAGCAAUACAGCUCAUGAGAGACAUGCUGCAGUGGGACCCCAAAAAGCGACCAACAGCAAGCCAUGCACUUCGAUAUCCUUAUUUUCAGGUUGGCCAAGCACUAGGCACUUCUCGCUGUAUUCAGGAGGUGGGAAAACAACAGAGAGAUGUUCCUGAUAAAGCACAUGUCCACAUCAAACCCAUUCCUCCUGCACAACCCCCACCUAAAGCACAAGUUCGCCUUUCAUUCAGACCAUUCCAGCAAAACCAGCCCCCCCACUCUGUGAUAUAUCCAUACAAAACAGACUCCUCAGUGAGUGAAAAUUUAAAGGAAGACAAGCCUAGCGAAGUUGCUUUGCCAAAUAUUCACAAUAAAAUUCCUCAACAGAAAACAGACGUUGGGACAGAAAAAACAAAUGGUGAACUCAAACCAAAGAACCGUCGCAGAUGGGGACAUAUUACUGGAACACUGAAAGGCUCUGAGGACUGGGAGAAUCUAGAAGGGUGUGAGAUUACCAGAAAUGAUUUUAAAAAUAAAGGACAAAAUGAUGAUGCACUCUGUAGGUUUGAAAGUAUUUUGGAUCUGAAACCUUCUGUUUGUCUUGGGACUGGGAACAGUGCACCUUCCUACCUUCGGCAGGACACGCCAACAUUACAAGUUUCUGCAGCCAAGCAACAUUAUUUGAAGCAUUCUAGGUAUUUACCUGGAAUAAACACAAGAAAUAAUUUACUUUCAAGUUCAAGCAAAGAUUCUGUCCCGUCGAAUCCAUGGCCCAAUUCUAGUUUGCCUAUAAAGACAUCAGCAGUGGCAGGAGGAAUUGCCAGGUUGAACUCCAGUCACACAGGAUCAAAUGGGCUAACGGGUGCUUACAUCCCUUCAUUUCUGAAAAAGGAAGUUGGCUCUGCUGGCCAGAGAGUUCAGUUAGCACCAAUUAUCAAUCCGUCUCCUCUUGAUCCAACAGCUGCAUAUACUUCUCUGAAGUCUGUAAGACCUCAUAUUGGGAAGACGACAUUUAAUAUACCUAUGAAAAGCACUUCAGGAUUGCUGGCACAUCCACCUCCACUUCAAGCAGUCCAUGGACGAACUGACUGGUCUUCAAAAUAUGGCGUUCACCGUUGAAUUUUCCGUAAACAGGGACCAAUGUUAAGACAGUCUUAUGAGCUGGAAGUUCUACCAAUCCUUAUUUUUUAUGACCAAGACAUUACAAGGGUUAUUUAACACAACUUAUUUCUGGUUGUAUGUAUUUGUAUGCAAUCUUGUAACUUUUUUUGUAUUGCUUUUAUGAUAUGAUUGGGACAAUUUAUUUUCAGGGGACCAAUACACAUUUGUAUAUCAGCUUAGAAUCGUGGGUUUUUUUGUAUGAGGAACUUUGAAAUUUAACUUUUUAAAAAGAAAACUAUUUUUUUCUUUUUUUUGGGUCAAUUUUUGUAAAGGUGAAUAAAUGUAGCAAGUUUAGGCAGUGUUUAAUAUAAUUAAGGUGAAGUCCGAAAGAAAGGUAGUUUCCAAAUUUCUAGUAAUGUUAAGCAAUAUGUUGGGCAAAUAAUCAGCUAGGCUUAGUGACCAUGGAGCGCCAUAAAUGAAUUGGUACAGUAAUAUCCCUCAUCUUAUUUCUGUUGCAGCAAAACACAAAAAGGAAUUAUAACAGAGCAUUCUUAGGACCAAUUCAUAAGAUCAACUGAGUGGAAUAGUAAUAAUUUCUGGGAUUGUGACCCACUUCAUGCGGAAGGUGGCAGAAUGUAGGCUUGAAACACACUUACACCCAGACCCUUGUAUGUAGUUUAGCAGAAAACAUUGGGUCCAACCUAAUUAUUUUUCUGUCCCUGUCCUUUGAUGAAAUUGGAAACAUAGAUGCCAACAACCCACCUUGACAUAGUCCAAGAUAAACUUUACAACUUGACUGUGCUGAUCGCGUGAACUGUUAAAGCGAGUGAUGUGUGACAGGCCUCUCUUCCCAGUGACAAGCUAUAAAAAGCUAUAAAGAGAGGCAUCCCGCUUCAUUUGCAAGCAAUACAUUCUGAAAAGUAGCUAUUGAUGAAUAUUGGAGAAUAUUUAAAGCAAUAUUAAGCAUGACAAAGCUGGUUCAUAGAAAAAUACGAAUGAGGUAUUAAGAAAUGCCAGCUGCAGAGCUAAAAGAUGUUUUAAACAUUCAGCUGCCUACUUUUUAGGUUUAUAACUUGAUUUUUCCUUCUUAAAAGGCAACAUGAUGGCUUCUCUGUGAGCCUUACCCAAAAUUAGUUCUUUGUAUAAUUAGAGGUUCACCUUCAAGAGUUGUUUGACAAGAUGUAUUUUGGUAUUACAAUUUCAAGAGGCACUUCUAGCCAUUUUAGAAGUCAAGGUCAAAUUGUAGUAGAUGUUAGAAAGGCCAAAAUGCAUGCAAUAGUACUAUACAGUGGGAAAGGCUAUAAAAAUGGACAUUCAGACCUAUGCAUUUUUUUACAGGAAAACAGCCAAUUGUUUCAAUAGUAUGGAGACUGCUCUUAGGAUUUUAUUCCAAUGCCAUAACGUAUCUUUCUUGAGAAAAUAGUUUCGGAGAAUUAAUCUCUAUGCAUUUCUACUCACUGAGAAAGUUCAAGGUGGUCCCUUUUGAAGGAGAAUAAUCCAAAAAGCUGCCUGUGUAAGCCUUGAGUUACUCUUUCCACAGCCUUGUUUCCUAGUCAUUCCACUCUGUAGUGUAGGAAUCGUGCUUCGUCUUGAGCGACAGCCUUGUUGCUUCCUUUCCCUUCUCCACAAGGUAGAAGCUGAAGAAGGCCUGCUCAAACAUGUUAGAACUUCUUACAUUUCAGAUGGGUUCAGAUGAAUACCAGAUAAAGAUUCUACCUCUUAUGCUGGACUUCAGCUAAAACAGGAGGAAAAACCUAUCCUUUCUGAAACCCUGUUUUAAGUCCCCUUCUUCAGUGUUGUGUCAAACAGUUUACUAAGUAUGUGUAAAGCCACUGUAGAUGAGAAGACAGAGACUCGGUCCAGCUCAUUCUCUCACAUGCAAGCAUGAUCUGGGCAAGAUUUUAACUAUUCAUCUUCUGCAAAACUUAGGAAAAUACAAGUGGAUCCUUGUUAUAUGCUGGGAUUUGGUUCCAAGAUCCCCUGUGUAUAACAAAAUGUGUGUAUGCUCAAGUCCCAUUAAAUAUAAUGACAUAGCAAAAUGGUGUCCCUAAUAAAAAAAUGGAACAUCAAGGUAAAUUUAUACUUUUUUGGAACAUUUUCAAACCGUGUAUGCUUAAAUCCGUGUAUAAAAAAUCCGUGUAUAAGAAGGGCCGACGUAGGAUCCUUUUCAGUAGGUGAGAAAUCAUAAUCUUCAUCCUUUCCCAGAAGUUUGCUGAUACCGGAACACUCCUUUCCCCAGAAAACACCAUUUGGGUGACACCAUACCCACUAUUUGAUUUUAUCUGUUUUGUUAGUUAUCUAGGAAAAGUGGAUGAUCUAACCAUUUCUGUGUCUGCAGGAAUAGCAGUUCCCUCCUUUCCUGUACCUUGGCUGCAUUUGGCCCAUAUUUCCAGUGCAGAGCCUAGGAGUUACUUCUAGGAAGCAUGCAUAUGGUGACUUCUUGCUGAAGCCAUCCAUAACUGAGUGGUGCUAGGAUGAUACUUGGCAAUCCAGAGCAACAUCCUACAGCUGUUUAGGUAUAGAUGGCUUCAGCAUGUCACUAUAUUCUGUUUUUUAAAAGUAGCUUUCCAAGCUCUGUUGGCUGUUAGAUUGUACAAAAUGUAAUAAAUGUGUGAUAAAGCAAAACAAAUAGAGCUGUGAAAUAAUAACCAAUGUACAGUGGACUUGAGUCGGAGCAUUGUUCUUUCCUGUCUUCGCUGACACUGUUUUUACCCUUAAAUUUGUUCUAAGGAGAUAAAUUUGAACCCUUUUCAAUUGUGCACAUUUUCAGAAAGCAUUCCUCAAUAAUUUAUUUUCAAUUGUGUAUAUGAUAUGUUAAGUCAAUUAUUAAUAUGAUCUUUUAAAUCUUUUUUCAUAUCAUCUAUGCAUCAUUCAGGAGUUAGGCUAAACAAAAACAGCAUGAAUUAGCUUUUACAUUAUCAACAGGAAAUAGGUGGCUGUUUUUCUCCUCUUUUGUGGGAAACUGAAAUUGCUCUCUGGAAGAGUAUUUCUUUAGAACGGUAUUUUUAAAAUCUUUGGGGUCUUUAGUUAUAUUUCCACUAUAGUCCUGCCAUUCCUCAGCAUUUGCUAUACUAUUUAAGGGCUGAUGGGAGGUGCAGUCCAUUUAUAUCUGGAGAGCCACAAGUUUCCUAUUCCUGAUUUAGAAGGUGAAAUAAAAGAUCAUCACUCUUGCCAAUUUCUAAACAUAGUUUAACUGCUCUUCAAUUUUGGUAAUAGUAUUUGUUUGGUAUGAAAGCAGUGUUAAGAACGGUUAGUCAGGAACAAGCCCUUUUGAACUCAGUAGAGUUUCCUUUUGAUGUAGCACAGAAAUACUGUCUUUUAGAAAAAGUGAGAUAGCCGAUUAGGUUUUUAAAAUGUGCCUAGAUUGGUUUAGAGUACCACAAAUGUCCCUGAAUGUUUAGUCACAUGGAACACUUCUGUAUGAAUGUCAUAGACUUCUGGGUUUUAAUGAAUUCUUGUGUUUUAUAUUUGAGCAGGAAAAAAAUCUGAAUGCCGUGGAAGACAUGUUUACAUUAAAAUGUCCUUACUUUCACUGGUUAACGUCUCCAAGCCAACAAAAAAUAUUGCUUCACUUUGGUGGUAGUUCUGCACGACAUCUCUUGUGAAAGUGAUAAAGGAUCUUUUACUGAGAUCUGAUCAGAAGCAACAUAUCUGCAAAAUUUGCCACAAUCUAAAUAUUUCCUUGCAAAAUGAUCAUGCUGGCACUUGGUGUGUUUUCCAAUAAUAUCACAAGCCUUGCAUGCUUCAGAGUAGCUAGUGGUUCAAAACAGCUUGAGGGACAGUUACCUCUGUUUUAAACUGAGAUAUACCCAUCUCUCCUUUCUGUGUACAGGUUUCCUUUAAACCUGCCUGGAAGUGGGAACUCACUCUACCUUGUAAAUGUGGUUUUCUGAAGUCCUCCAAAAGACUUCACUCAUAAGUUACAAAGGAAUAACUCUGAAUCUAACACUUAAAAUACAUAGGAUCCACCUCCGAAAAGAUUCUGAUUCUGAGCAUUGAUACAGUGAUACAGUAUUAAGCAAUUGCUGAAGUUUACACAUUUUUCUGUCAGUGUUGAAUAACUUCACUACACAACCAAAUAGCUGUUUGUGGAUCCUUGAAUCCAAAAUAUGUUUCAUAGAAGCAAACAAAGCACCGUAGUCCAUAGCUGAGUAAAAUGUGUCUGGAAAAUAAGUAUACUGUUAAAUUUGAGUCAACGGGUAUAAGUGGGAAGGGAAAACCCAGCAUGUUUUCUACUUUGUAUCAUUUGUGAGUUUUAAAAACAAAACACUUUUUCCCCUUUAUGUUGUAAUACUCCUUUCCCAAAUA